AUGGCUCGCUGUGUAGAAGUAGUGUACCAUCUCAUGCAGCAGACCCCUCUACAGCUACAAGCACUUCUGCUACUGUCGCUCAUCAUACUACUACUGCGUCUGGCCACAACCGGCGGAGGCGGUAGCAGCAAGCAAGCAAAGGCGAAGUGUCUCCCUCCUUCGCCUCCGGCCCUUCCCAUCAUAGGGCACCUGCACCUCGUCGGCGAUCUCCCUCACGUCUCCCUCCGCAGCCUCUCCAGGACUCAUGCCGCUGACGGCCUCAUGCUCCUCCACCUCGGCUCCGUCCCGAACCUCGUCGUGUCGUCCCCACGAGCCGCCCAGGCGGUCAUGCGGACGAACGACCACCUCUUUGCGUCCCGCCCGCCGUCCAGGAUCGCCGACGCCCUCUUGUACGGCUGGUCGUCCGACAUCGCCUUCUCCCCCUACGGCGAGCACUGGCGGCAGGCGAGGAGGCUCGUCACCACGCACCUCUUCACAGUCAAAAAGGUCCAGUUGUUCCGCAUCGCCCGUCAACAGGAGGUGAAAGUGGUGAUCUCUAGGAUCCGUGAGGCCGCGGCGGCGAGCGUGGCCGUGGACCUGGGCGAGGUGGUGAACACCUACGCCAACGAUGUGGUGUGCCGCGCUGUGUCGGGUAAGUUCUUCAGGGCGGAAGGCCGGAAUAAAAUGUUCAGAGAGCUGAUCGAGGAAAACUCAGCUCUCGUCGGAGGGUUUCAUAUGGAGGACUACUUCCCAAGGUUAGCCAAGGUACGUCUUCUCCAUAGGUUCGUCCGCAACAACGUCGAGACGACACACAAGCGGUGGGACGAACUGCUAGAAGCGAUAAUAAGAGACCACGAGAAAAACCCGAUGCACCAUGGCAGGGAGAACGGUGUCGACGAGCAAGGAGAGAGUGACUUCAUCGACGUGUUGCUAUCGGUUCAGCAAGAGUUUCAUGGCAUCACCAGAGACCAUAUCAAGGCCAUCUUAAUGGACCUGUUCGGAGCGGGCACGGACACAUCGUCUCUGGUCCUAGAAUUCGCCAUGGCCGAGCUCAUGCGCAAACCUGAUCAACUCAUGGUCAAGCUGCAAGCUGAGGUGCGACGCGGCACUCCCGCCGGACAAGAAUUUGUCGAGGAGCAUAACCUGGCCGGCAUGACCUAUCUGAAGGCCGUGGUGAAGGAGACGCUCCGACUGCAUCCGCCGGCGCCGCUCCUCCUCCCACACCUGGCGAUGGCGGACUGCGACCUCGACGGCUACAGCAUACCUUCUGAGACUCGAGUCAUCGUCAACGCAUGGGCUAUUGGCAGAGACCCCGGGUCCUGGGAGAAGCCGGACGACUUCGUGCCUGAGAGAUUCCUCGAGGGUGGCACCGCGGCAGCGGUGGACUUGACGGGCAAAGACUUUCAGUUCGUGCCAUUCGGGGCUGGCCGGAGAAUAUGCCCCGGUCUCAACUUCGGGUUGGCUACCGUCGAGAUCAUGCUGGCGAACCUCGCAUACUGCUUCGACUGGGAGCUGCCGGUCGGCAUGAAGAGGGACGAGAUCGAUAUGACGGAGGUGUUUGGUCUGACUGUGCGUAGAAAGGAGAAGCUCAUGCUUGUCCCCAACACCCACGUGGUUGCGUGA